UGGGCACUGGUGGGUGGCACUGGUGGGCACAGGUGGGGCACUGGUGGGCACAGGUGGGUGGCACUUCUGGGCGCAGGUGUGUGGCACUGCUGGGUGGCACUGGUGGGCACUGCCGGGCACAGGUGGGUGCACUGCUGGGCAAAGGCGGGUGCACUGCUGGGCACAGGUGGGCAGCACUGGUGGGUGGCACUGCUGGGCACCGAUCAUCAGGGCACUGAUCAUCAGUGCCCUGAUGAUCUGUGCGAUCCCUGCUCUGACAACUGCCGGUUCUCGGCAGUACUUUCCUCGCGCUCUGACAGCGUGAGGAAAGUGCAGCCGAGAACCGGCAAUUGC